GCGGGAUACGCGGAGGGGCUGCCGAGGGGCGUCCGGUUACAUCUCCGCCUUCCUCAGCCUCCGGCCGCAGAGCCCCUCGGUUUGCGGGACGGCAGUCCGGGAACAUGUUGGCCGCGGUACGCCGGAGCGGAGCUGCGUGGACGCGGGCGCUGCUGCUGCAGCUGCUGCUGGCGGGGCCCGGGGGCUGCCUGAGCCGCCAGGAGCUCUUUCCCUUCGGCCCCGGGCAGGGGGACCUGGAGCUGGAGGCCGGGGACGACCGCGUCUCCCCAGCCCUGGAGCUGAGCACUGCGCUCCGCUUCUUCGACAAAUCCGACCUCAACUCGGUCUACAUUACCACAAAUGGCAUUAUUGCCAUGAGUGAGCCCCCAGCCGAAGAAUCCCAUCCUGGGCUGUUCCCACCGACCUUCGGAGCAGUCGCCCCUUUCCUGGCGGACUUGGACACGACAGAUGGCCUUGGGAAGGUUUACUAUCGGGAAGACUUAUCUCCCUCUGUCACUCAGUUGGCAGCGGAGUGUGUCCAGAGGGGGUUCCCGGAAGUCUCUUUCAAGCCCAGGAGCGUGGUGGUUGUCACUUGGGAAUCCGUGGCUCCCUACCAAGGGCCCAGCAAGGACCCUGCCCAGGAAGGCAAGAGAAACACAUUCCAGGCUGUUCUGGCCUCCUCUGAUUCCAGCACCUACGCCAUUUUCCUUUAUCCUGAAGAUGGUCUGCAGUUCUAUACGACAUUCUCAAAGAAGGAUGAGAACCAAGUUCCCGCAGUGGUUGCUUUCAGCCAAGGUUUAGUAGGAUUCAUAUGGAAGAGUGACGGAGCUUAUAAUGUAUUUGCUAAUGACAGAGAAUCACUUGGAAACUUAGCCAAGAGCAGCAACUCUGGGCAGCAGGGCAUCUGGGUGUUUGAGAUUGGGAGUCCGGCCACGGCCAGUGGCGUGGUGCCCUCGGACGUGAACCUGGGAUUGGACGAUGGAGCAGAGUAUGAUGAUGAGGAUUAUGACUCGGUGACACCUCUGAGCCUGGAGGACACGGGCACCACAUCCUUCCCCUAUGAGGCCCGGAGAAAGGGAGACACUGGCACAUACAACGUGCCCAGUGACCUGCCCCCCCGCCGCCUGGCUACUGAGAGACCCCCUGGACCUCCCACGGAGAGGACCAGAUCUUUCCAGCUGCCAGCGGAGAGGUUUCCCCAGCAGCAACCACAGGUCAUAGAUGUGGAUGAAGUUGAGGAAACAGGAGUUGCAGUUUUCAGCUACAACACAGAUUCCCGCCAGACGUGUGCCAACAACAGACACCAGUGCUCUGUGCACGCAGAGUGCAGGGACUUUGCCACCGGCUUCUGUUGCAGCUGUGUUUCCGGCUACACGGGGAAUGGCCGGCAGUGUGUUGCAGAAGGUACCCCCCAGAGAGUUAACGGCAAGGUGAAAGGGAAGGUCUUUGUGGGGAACAGCCAAGUUCCCAUUGUCUUUGAGAACACCGACCUCCACUCCUACGUGGUAAUGAACCAUGGGCGCUCCUACACAGCCAUCAGCACCAUUCCUGAGACCAUCGGGUACUCUCUGCUUCCUCUGGCCCCUAUUGGAGGCAUCAUUGGAUGGAUGUUUGCCGUGGAGCAAGAUGGAUUCAAGAAUGGGUUUAGCAUCACAGGGGGCGAAUUCACCCGCCAGGCUGAGGUGACCUUUGUGGGGCACCCGGACAAGUUGUUCAUUAAGCAGCAGUUCAGCGGUAUUGACGAGCACGGACACCUGACCAUCGACACGGAGCUGGAGGGCCGAGUGCCGCAGAUCACCUUCGGCUCCUCGGUGCACAUUGAGCCCUACACGGAGCUCUACCACUACUCCCACCAGGUGAUCACAUCAUCCUCCACCCGGGAGUACACAGUGAUGGAACCCGAGCGGGAUGGCACUGCCCCUUCUCACGUCCACACUUACCAGUGGCGCCAGACCAUCACCUUCCAGGAGUGCGUCCACGACGACUCCCGGCCGGCCCUGCCCAGCACCCAGCAGCUCUCAGUGGACAGCGUGUUUGUCCUGUACAACCAGGAGGAGAGGAUCUUGCGCUAUGCUCUGAGCAACUCUAUUGGUCCUGUGAGGGACGGCUCCCCUGAUGCCCUUCAGAAUCCUUGCUACAUCGGCACUCAUGGGUGUGACAGCAAUGCAGCCUGUCGCCCCGGCCCCGGGACCCAGUUCACCUGCGAGUGUUCCAUCGGCUUCCGGGGAGACGGACAGACCUGCUACGAUAUUGACGAAUGUUCAGAGCAGCCCUCGGUGUGUGGGAGCCACGCAAUCUGCAAUAACUACCCAGGAACUUUCCGAUGCGAGUGUGUGGAGGGUUACCGGUUUUCAGAGGAGGGAACGUGUGUGGCUGUCAUGGACCAGCGCCCCAUCAACUACUGUGAGACUGGCCUUCAUGACUGUGACAUCUCUCAGCGGGCCCAGUGCAUCUAUUUGGGAGGCUCCUCCUACACCUGCUCCUGUCUGCCAGGCUUCUCUGGGGAUGGCAGAGCCUGCCAAGAUGUGGAUGAAUGCCAGCUAAGCCGAUGCCACCCUGAUGCCGUCUGCUACAACACUCCAGGGUCCUUCACGUGCCAGUGCAAACCUGGUUAUCAGGGAGACGGCUUCCACUGCGUGCCUGGAGAAGUGGAGAAAACCCGAUGCCAGCAUGAACGAGAACACAUCCUCGGGGCGGUGGACCCCCAGCGCCCCCGGCCUCCGGGACUGUUUGUUCCCGAGUGUGAUGAGCACGGAUACUACGCGCCCACCCAGUGCCAUGGCAGCACUGGCUACUGCUGGUGUGUGGACCGCGACGGCCGCGAGGUGGAGGGCACCAGGACCACGCCCGGGAUGAGGCCACCGUGUCUGAGUACAGUGGCUCCCCCGGUUCACCACGGACCCUCAGUUCCUACCGCCGUGAUCCCCCUGCCACCUGGGACCCACCUACUCUUCGCCCAGACCGGGAAGAUAGAGCACCUCCCCCUGGAGGGAAACACCAUGACCAAGACGGAAGCCAAGGCGCUGCUUCAUGCCCCGGAUAAAGUCAUCAUUGGACUGGCCUUCGACUGUGUGGACAAGAUGGUUUACUGGACCGACAUCAGUCAGCCUUCCAUUGGGAGAGCCAGUCUGCAUGGUGGAGAGCCAAGCACCAUCAUUCGACAAGAUCUUGGAAGCCCAGAAGGCAUUGCUCUUGACCAUCUUGGCCGCAACAUCUUCUGGACGGAUUCUCACCUGGAUCGGAUAGAAGUUGCAAAGCUGGAUGGGACCCAGCGCCGGGUGCUGUUUGAGACUGAUUUGGUGAAUCCCAGAGGCAUCGUGACGGAUUCCGUGAGAGGGAAUCUUUAUUGGACAGACUGGAACAGAGAUAGCCCCAAAAUCGAAACUUCCUACAUGGAUGGCACAAACCGGAGGAUCCUUGUGCGGGAUGACCUGGGUUUGCCCAACGGGCUGACCUUUGACGCUUACUCAUCUCAACUCUGCUGGGUGGAUGCAGGCACCCAUCGGGCCGAAUGCCUGAAGCCCGAUCAGCCCAGCAGACGCAAGGUUCUUGAAGGGCUCCAGUAUCCUUUCGCCGUUACAAGCUUCGGGAAGAAUCUCUAUUACACAGACUGGAAGACGAAUUCCGUGGUCGCUGUGGAUCUCGCUAUUUCCAGAGAGACGGAUUCCUUCCAUCCCCACAAAGAGACCCGGCUGUAUGGCAUCACCGCCGCCCUGUCUCAGUGUCCUGAAGGUCACAACUACUGCUCAGUGAACAAUGGUGGCUGCACCCACCUCUGCUUGGCCACCCCAGGAAGCAGGACCUGCCGUUGCCCUGACAAUACCCUGGGCGUUGACUGUAUCGAGCGGAAAUGAAGACGAGUGCCUCAUUCCCUCUCUAAAGUAUUUCACAGCAACACCCUACUUGAAAGGGUCCAGACUGAAAACUGUCUGACCUGGUGGCUAAGUGGACACCAGGUCCAGGGCCAACCCAGCCUGAACCCCAACAGCAUUGCCCUCACUGUUCCCCAAAACAUAUGCCCUGCACUUCUGGAAUGGGAAAGCCUCUACUCCUACGCAAAGACAGAAAACCUCCCUGACCCCAACCCGCAGACAAGCUUAUACAGCCCUGAGUGAAGAUUAUAUGCCCCAUCCUGGUGCUGGAAACUUUCCCCAACCUUAACACCCCAGUGGUGAGUAGAACCUCCCCAGGCCUGAACUGCCCCUUCCCUGUGGCCUUACGAGCUCAGCCUCACUCUGAGAUACCCAUCAUCCCGUCAGCUGCUGAACACACCAGCCAGGAUUGUCUAGGCAAGGCUGUGAGCAAAGGAGGGAGUUAGCCCUCCCACACUUUCGUCUUGGUGCUCUGAUUUCCCUUUUUAUACUCCUGGCUUUUAACCCCUGAGUUCUGUACCACCUGCAUCCUGCCCAAGGCCCACAUUAUAGAGAGCAAGCCCUGCUUUUUGGUCAAAACCCACCCUGUCCGAAGGAUACAUGGGUAUUUGGUGGAUGAUACUGAGAAGCCUCUCCCAGCUAAAUUAUUGGCAUUUCAGCAGUCGUCUUUGGUAGUCAAAUGCUCAAAUCAAAGGAGUGUCCUGUAGUAGGACUUUCAAUGUGUAGAGUCAGAUGUUUGAGGAUGGGGAGUCUAUAGAUGUGCCUUAAAUUAUACCAAAGAUUACCAGAGCACUUGGAUCCUAGCAUCUGGUCUCUGGGGUGGCACAGCCCCACUGCUGGCACCUGUAUCCAGCCUCCUAAUGGAGACCCAUCUGAGACACAGGCUGGGGCUGGUACCAGAGAUGACACCCCCUAUAGUCCCUCACCUCUGGCCUCCACCCAUGAGAUCCAAUCUACAAUCAACCAUAAGCUUUCUUCUCCUUUGUUUCUCCCUCUAUCCAUGGCCCUUGCUGGCUGUAUUCUCAUGCAAAAUCACAAUCCAGGAGGGCCAAACUGAGUAUUUAUACUAGUGAUCCAGACCAUUUAUUGUUCAUUGGUGUAAUUAAAAGGACCAUUGCCACAUUUCAUGUGUAUGUUUCUACAGUUUGUUUAGAAAACCUCUCCUGACUAUAUAUAGCUAGUGGGUUUUUUUGUUUGUUUGCUUGUUUUUUUUUUGUCAACUGCUUCCCAGAGUCCUAAAAUGAUAGAAAUUUCGGACUGAAAGCUGAGAGUAAGGAAUUUGAGUCAGUAAAGAUCGGGGUAAGGGAGUAGAGAAGACUCAGAAGUAUCUCAAAGAGACUGACCAGGAGCAGGAAUGGAAAGCCCAAGAGAAAGGGUGGAGGAGGGGAUUUAACAAUAGCAAUGAGAAAAAUUCUUAAAUAACGCCAAAGAAAAAAAUGGUAUGUCCUUGCCAGAGAACACUUAUACACUUGACAUGGAAGAAUAUGCCUGUUUUUCUCCUUAAGGAAGAGACCCCUCUUCUUAUCUGCAAACCUCAGGACACUCAGCCCCUCCCACCCCCUUUUCUGCAGUACAUGAGACCUGAAUCAAGAGAGCCUUUCCUUGAAUAAUUGGAGUUUGUUUUGAGAGGCACAUAUCCCCAAGAAUCACAAGGUUUGGGGAACACAUGGGUCUUUUAUAUAGCCCAACCCCAUAAAUUAGUUUAAUUUUAUAUUUAUCAUUCCAUAUUGAGCCCUCUAUAUCAAAUGUUUUGUCAUGACUUUGUAUAAUGUUUAUAACUAUCUUAUUCAUUUUACUAAACUCAUUCUAAAAUUUUGUAAAUGAUAAAUUCUUAAACUGUGGAAACCAUUGAAGGUGCUUAUUAACUGUUCCCCAGAUUUGUACAAGUAUUGGAUGAUUAUUUGAGUUUACAGCUGUAUAAAUAUUAGUGCAGAAAAUAAAUUUUUUUUUUUUGUUAAAAAAUCUCCCUCUAUCUUGUAUGAAUGAAGAUAUUUAAUCUCGGGAGGCAGAUUCACAAUGGAAAGAUAG